AUACAAUCUAGCUUACCAUAAAAACAACCAAGUUCAUGUUGUUAUAUGUUUACUAUAUGAGUGCAACCUAAUUUAGUGGUUAUACGUUUACUGAUAAUUAGUUAAUCGGUUUACGUUUUAUAUGUUUACGAUGAUAGAAACAACCUUAUUCUUCGGUCAGCCAGUUUUGAUCAUUAAAAAAGCUUUAAAGCUUAUCUUCUUGACACAAUUCAUCGUCCGAUAUUUUCUUUUCUUUUUCAUCAACUUCGUGCGAUGGAUUAAAUCUCGUACCAUGCCUGGAUGAAAUGAUCUGCAUGAUAACGUAUAUGACAAGCAUAAUACUUCCGCACCCAACGAGUACAAACGUAUAUGACCUUGCUCCUUGGUACUGGAACAGAUACCCGGUUAACCAUUGGAAUAUGAAUCCGCCUGUAGCAGAUCCAGUAUAAAGAACAGCUACCGCCAAUCCUGUCACUUCAAGGUAUCGAUUAGCCCAUGAUAUUCCAGUUCCAAAAAUUGGGCCAUUUAUGAGUCCAAAUAGGCAGACAGUUAUCCAGAGCAUUAGACGAACUUGAUGUCCAAAUAUGGACAUAACAAUAGUGGUUAUGACGUAGCAAACAAGAAGGGUACAUAGGAUAAUAGGACUUGGAAUGAAUUUGGCGUAGACCAUUGGUAAACCCCGCCCCGUCGUAUAACAUAUCCAGUAAGCGGAAUUGAGAAACGCUGCGUCGAGUUUACUGAACUUUAGGUCAUUAUCUGUGGCGUAACUAAACAAGAAUCUACCAGUAGAUCGAUCUCCACCCACAAGGAAAAGGUAGAAGAAAAACAACAUGACAAACAUAACACUUCCAAAUAGUUUAUCCCCCAUUGCGCACCUUCCCGGCGAAAACAGUCCCUUUAAUUUGGUGGACACUUCUUUCAUAUCAACACCUGGGGGUGGCGUUAUACAGAAGAAGACGAACGCUAUCCCUGAUGAACAAUAUGCUAAGAUUCCUAUAAUAAUAUAUGCUAUUUCAAUUCUUGAAUCGGUAAUCUGUGGUACGAAGGUAGCAGAUAAUUCUGUUGUCACGUUCGAGUUCAGCGUCGCAUUCAGAGUGGCGUUCGAGUUCAGCGUCGCAUUCAGAGUGGCGUUCGAGUUCAGUGUUGUGUCGGGAGAUAAAAAUGGAGCGGCAACUAUGGGCGCCAAUGAUGCCCCGAUUCCAUAUGAGAAAUGCAAAGAAUAUACUGCGGGUGCUGCUUUUUCCUUCCAUAGUCG